CGCACUCCAUACACAUGUACUUGAUGAUAUCAUAGAUCACAGAUUGACCUCCACUCAGUCGUUCAUUUCCAAUGUUAAAUACUACAACAUGCAAACAACCUCUUGAAUAGGCCUUUACUUUCAAAUUUGAAUAGAAAAUUGAGCAAUUUCUUUUCGUCUUGAUGUUUAAAGAUCCUGCAAAUUUCAGCAAUUGUGAUGACGGCAGUGGAGAUGAAGAGGCUGACGUAAGUUUUGCUUGUACAUGUAGUUACCAGUAUUUACCAAGCUUUUUGUUGGUAAAAUUUCUUUUUGUUCGUGUGCAGUGUAGAUACAGGUUUAUCACGUUUUUUUCAUUUAUUUCUACUAUUUCACAUAUUUUUAAGCAUUCACAAGAGUGCAAAACUUAGUGUGAAAAGUGAAUUUCCAAGAGAAACAUUUUAACAUAGUAAGACAAAGGACUUUUUUCUUUUAGUACAAUUAAAAUUUCCCCUUUUGUCAGAAGAAAAAAGAAUCAGCCAAAAACCCCGCCUCCAAAAAAAAUAUGGAUGCAAUUUACAGUAUACACAACUUGAAUUACAAACCACCAAAAUAACUUACAUGUACAUGAUGUAUAAACAUGGUGUCCCAAGAAUAUCAAGGAAAUGCUGUAUUUUUUUCCAGGGGCAUACGCGUUGCAUUUUGUCUGAGUAGGUGAGAUUCCUCGAUCAUCAUUGGACCAAUAAACCAGCAAAGGAAAAGGAGGAAAGACAUCAUAUCUUGAAAAUAGUUUGGGAAAAAGUUCCGCAUGUGGUCAUUUAAAACCGGGUGCACUCCGUAUAAGACUUGUCUAAAAACUACCUGGUGUUUCUAAGUAAAUAUUUCAAUAUUUUAAGAAUUAAAUUGAACUUUUAGGAGACCGACACUUAUGUUAUCUUUUUCUGAUGGCUAUACCGCUGCAAGGGACAAAUUUAUGCCAUUCAUAAAUGGAAAAUUAAUUCUGACAGAGCUUUGCAUGUUUCAAGAGUAUUUUAUACAGCAUACAUGUACACCCGAGGAGCUAUCUACAGCGAAUGAGACAGCACUGGGGGAAUAUAAAAAAGCCGAUCCUUAAUUUGCAGUUCCACUCAAAAGCCACUGCUUGUGUUUACUUGACUUGAAACUAGACAUACCCAUGCAGUGACUGGGAAAGUUUAAGAGAAUUUUGGUAAAUAUCAGCCAUCAAUGUAUUUUAUUUGCCGAGACUGGGAUUUUGGUAUUCUGGAAAAGGCGAAGGGCUGAAAGCUUAAUCAUGGCAUUGUGCCUUUUUCAUUUGUUGCGUAGUUCUAUCUGAAGACAAAUCCAUUUUAAGAUUGCAAUUUACCUACUGGCGUGACUGGGAUCAUAAGCUGUUAAUUGUUUCGAGUCAGAUGUACAUAUAGACAUCCUGUAAACCAGCUCGACAUGAAGAAAAGAGUUCACUAUUUUGCUUUAUAAUCCUAUGAACCUAGCACUUGUAGGCCUACAUGUGCACAUUAUCAGCAGGCUCGACCCUCUUAAAAUCCACAAACAAAAAAGAUCCACAUGUACAUCUUCAACAGCAUACAAGUGAUGUUUUUAUUCCGUAGCUUAGAAUUCAGCCAACAUGCCUGUGACAAUUUUAGUUGCUUUUCUGAAGACAAAAGUGACAAAUACUUGAGAAAUAGCUUAUACCACGUAUGCAUGCAUGUGUGAUUAUUAAAUUAUAGAAAAAAUAAUAGUAAAUUAGCAUGCAUGCAUCAUUAAACUUAUGUGUUUGUUGUUAGUAGAGUGUGCAUUAGUACAGGUACUCGGGUAAUAAUUUAAGUAUGUAUUGUCUUUUAUUCUCCCUUAAUUUGCUUGAACAAUAACCCAGUUUUGUUUGGUGCGCACUGAUUUACUAAGUUUCAUCCAUGCUGACAAAGAAAAGGUUCAACUUACCAGUAGUUUUACAUGUUUAAGCUAAUAGUUGAGCAUGUACAUGUACAUGUAAGCAACUAUAAGAAAAACGUAUACUUGUCACUGGCUGCAUCACGAAGUGUACAGGUGUGUUUUUCGUGUACCAUGAAGUGAUGUACAUGUAUUAAGACUUUGUACACACGAUGACAGUUUAUGGUGCACCAACUGUCCAUGACACGUCAGUUCAUGUGCAGCCGGUGAUGCACAUGUAUAUAAACUGUUCUUUGCAGUUUGGAAUGAUUAUACAGUGUCAUUUCUGUGCAGUGCAAAAGUGGUAUGUGACUGAAAUAUGUGUACUAAAGGAUGCAUGCAUGCAUAUGCAUGUACCUAAGUCAAAUUUUGGACAGUAAAAUGUUUGGAAUGAAAUGGAAAAAGGAUUUAAACCAUUACUUUGUAUCAUUGCCAGUAUCCUUGUAGAAAAAUUUCCCUCAAUGAAACCGAAGGAUACAACUUAAUCUAAGGAAAUAUUAGGCCAUGUGCCACUUUAAUAUACAUAUACAUUUAAAAUUGAAAGCUCACCAGGAGCAUUGACUUCAUCCACAUGCAAGUGUACACAUGUACAUUGUAUGUUCCAUUGCAAUGAUGAUGCCACAAUGUCACAAACUUGUACCAGUUUUUAUUUUCAAGAACUCAAUGAGCACCUUUUACUGUUUGCUGUUAUUCAUGUAGGUUGAAGAACAACGAAAAGUACCAAAAUUUCGGCCCAAACGUCCAUGCCUAUACUGUGGAGAACCACAGGCCCAACUCAGCCGCCAUCUCAAAAGAAAGCACAGGGAGGAGCAUGAAGUAAAGCUUGCACUGGAACUCCCUAGGGGAGAAAUGUUGAAGGCCAUGGCACAAAUAAAAAAAGAUGGGAUUUUUCAGGAAAACAUGAAGAGAAUCAAGUCCAACUGCUCAAAGAAGCCAGGCGAACCAUCACACCCUUUAAUUAGGGAAAGACAACAGGGUUCUGCAGACACUGUGAUGUGUGGAGAGUGCCGCGGCUUUUAUAGUCAGACACGAAUAUGGCAGCACAAACAAAUCUGUCAUAGUACAGCCAUUGUUAAGGUGUGUUCAGUGCCUGCCAAAUCCCUGAAAAAUACUUCCAACAGUGAGGAUCAGAAAUUUCAAGUUACAGUUCUUGAUCGUUUUAGAAGUGAUGCCAUUGGAGAGGUUUGUAGAGAAGAUACCAUGAUAAAAGAAGUUGGCAAAAAACUGUGGGCGAAGUCCAUAAGAAGAGAAAAGUCGAUAAUUAUGAAUGACAUGAGAAGGUUGGGCCAUCUGGUUGUCAAGAUGAGAGAAUUGGCAGAAAAAGAAACACUCUGUGGGGAGGACGUGUUCAAAAGGCAGAAUUACCACUUACUAGAACAGACCUUGGACACUCUUACAGAAAAACCUGAUGAUGGAGUAAAGGCAGGAUUGAAGAUAAGCCUUGGUUACUUGCUCAAAAAAGGUGCCAAAGUGAUGAAGGCAGUGUACAUCUUAAAAGAUGACAUGAAGGCAGCUGAGGAGAUUGACAGAUUCCUCUCUGUUCUGUAUUUGAAUUGGGAGUACUUGUUCAGCAGAAGCUCGUACAUUAUUGAAAGCAAGCGCCAGGCUGUAUUGCGCAAGCCUCAACAAAUGCCUUUUGAAGAAGACAUAACUACACUACGAGAAUUUACCAUCAAUUCCCUGCAGGAAAUUGUUCGGGGACAGCAUCCGUCAAAUUGCAAGAUCUUCAGAAAACUAAGAGCACUGAUUGUAAGUCGGCUCACAGUUUUCAAUGCAAGGAGAGGUGGUGAGCCAUGCAGGCUUAAAAUCACAGAGUGGGAAGAUGCGGCAGAUCAGAGAUGGGUCGAUCCAAAUCUUGUUGAAGCCAUCGAUGAUCCAAUGGAAAAAUAUCUCCUCAGUUCUUUCAAGCUUGCAUACCAGAGGGGCAAGGGCUCUCGAAAACUUGUACCUGUCCUAAUACCACCUGACACUGUGCAACCAAUCAAGCAACUAAUGAAGAUGCGGCAUGCUGUGGGAGUGUCAGAUGACAACAAGUAUGUGUUCCCCUAUACCCAAAGAUCCCUAGAGCAUGUCAAUGGCUGGGCAGAGCUGAAGAAAGUGACAAAGAUGAUCCCAAAUCUUAAGGAUCCUGAAAAAGUGACUGCAACCAGAUGUCGACAUAGAGCUUCAACACUGUAUGCCCUGUUGGACAUUCCUGAGCGGGAUCGUGAAAUUUUCUAUCGCCACAUGGGGCAUUCGUCGGAGAUUAAUGCCCAUAUAUAUCAGUGUCCAUUGGCUGUAAAAGAGAUCACUAAAGUUGGACGAUACCUCUUGGAUAUAGAUGGAGCUCCACACACAUCUACUUGUGCUGGCACACAGGAAGUGACCCCUUGGAAGCGCCGCAAGGAGCGUCACCCGACUUCCUUCCCUCAGAGAUCAAAAGGAGUGAUUCCGCAGAAAUGCAGUCGCCAUGCCAAGGAGCACCUAACUUCCUCCCCUGAGAGAUUAAAAGAAGUGACUCCUCGGAAGCGCAGUCACAAGCAUCCCCUGGCUUCCUCCCCUGAGAGCUCAAAAGAAUUGACCCCUCAGAAGCGUCGUCGCAAGGAGCAUCCCCUGGCUUCCUUUCCUGAGAGCUCCAAAGAAUUGACCACUCGGAAGCGUUGUCGCAAGGAGCAUCCCCUGGCUUCCUCCCCUGGGAGCUCCAAAGAAUUGACCCCUCGGAAGCGCCCUUGCAAGGAGCAUCCCCCGACGACUUCUCCUGAGCCCUCCAAAGAAUUGGCCCGUCGGAAGCGCCGUUGCAAGGAGCAUCCCCCAACUUCUUCUCCUGAGCACUUCAAAGAAUUGACCCCUCGGAAGCGCCGUUGCAAGGAGCAUCCCCCGACUUCUUCUCCUGAGCGCUCCAAAGAAGAAACCCCUCAGAAGUGUUGUCGUCGAAAGGGACAUUACCUGACUUCCUCCCCUGGGAGCUCGGAAGAAAUGACCCCUCGGAAGGCACGUCUUCUGAAGCUAAUAAGGGAACUUAAGGCACAGUGUCAGACUUCCUCCCCUUCAAAAUCCAGAGAAGUGACACCUCACAAGCAUUGUCCCAAAGUAGAUCAACAUCGCAAGGGCAGUCACCUGCAUUUCUCUCAUGAUCAAAGUGAGAAAGCAAGAACCUACUUCCAGUGGAAUCAGAAGGAUUUUGCCUAUGUUCAACAGGAAUUCAAGUCAUAUAUAAUGGAUACUACAUUUAGUGGGGCAAAGGGACCUCUGCCAGGUUCGAAGCAGAUAGCGCAUUUCCUCAAGAAGUUUCCACAUGUGCUAAGUGACUUCAGAGGAACUUGGAAAGAGAAGAAACUUCUUGUGAAAACGAAAGUAUUCAAUGAGAGAUCAAAAGCACGGAGAAUGGCUGCAGAAAAGAGAGAUGCAGAAAGGAUUGCCAUUGUCUAAGACUUGAAGUUGUGCUGAGUUGAUAAGUUUGCUCUUAAACCACCCAAGUUACAUGUAAAUCACAUGCUUAAAAUCACAUGAUUUAUAUCAAAUGAUCUCGUGGCAAAUCACUUUUUAAAUCGAUAUUUUGCAUUCUUUUAAAAAGGCUGAAAAAUCAUUUUGUUUUUCAAUUUCUACCAGUUACUGAUUCACAGAGUUACCUAGGUUUUGCAAUUAUAUGUCAAUCUGAUUUAAAUGAUAAAUCAUAGACGGCUCCAAAACCUGAAACUGAGUUUACCCUAUUGUACAUGCUGUGCUCUUUAGAAAUCCAGGACAUUUCUUUUUAAAAAGAAGUGGUGUGUCCCACAAAAUCAAGUCAAAAAUACACAUUUUCAACAUAGUCCAAUGUGGCUGCCAAUUUUCCUGUCAAACUUAAGAAAUAGUAUAUUUACCCAAACUUAAUGCAGAUAUAAUUGGUGACUCCAUCUCAGAUUUGCUAAUUCUCAGUCUAUCAUUAGCACAGACUUAUUGUCUUGCUCUAUGUGGAAAUCAGGCUUGACAAAAUCUUGGGAAAAAAAUCCAACAUGACUGCCAUAUUCUUUCAAAAAGUAUUUACAAAUCUUUUUUCUACAAUUAGUGAUGAUUUCGUGAUUUAGUAGAAAUUAAGCCAAGCGAAAGAAGAGCCUGCUGGAGGCAGUAUUUUGUGUGCAGCACUGAUUUUAAAUAUUUGUAUAAUUUUUCUCACAAAACUCCUGCAAACAGUGUACUUUACCAUUGGUUAAUCUACAAGUAGUAACAAUAAGCCACUUGCGAGUUAAAUUUGAAUAAAAUUUGGUACACACAGUUCUUUAAAUUCAC